AUGUCUUCUAGAGACUCUCAAGAAGACCAAGUAAAACUACCAGACAAUGAGGAAAAUCUGGUACCAGUGCAAAAGCACAACUUUAAACUGAUUGGGGCAUUGAAGUCCGAAUUGAUGAUUAGCCAGUACCUGGAAGUCGUUCCCAAAAUAGCCGUUUUAUUCAGUAGUUUUCUCAUUGGCUUCUCUUAUAUGCUUGAUGGAAAUGUUAGAAGUUCAUUCACAGGUUACGCUACGGGGUCUUAUGGACAUCACUCGUUAUUAUCCACCAUCAACGUAGUCACUACUAUCAUUGCAGCUGCUGGACAAGUGGUUUAUGCUCGGUUGACAGACACCUUUGGACGUGCAGAGAUGUAUGUCAUUUCCAUUAUUCUUUACGUUGUUGGAACCAUAAUUCAGUCUCAAGCUACCAACGUUGCCAGGUUCGCUACCGGUGCUGUUUUUUAUCAAUUGGGAUAUGUGGGUGUGGUAUUGAUCUUAUUGGUGAUGUUAUCUGAUUUUUCUUCCAUGAGACUGAGAUUGUUUUUCAUGCUUUGUCCAACUUUUGGCUACAUUAUCGUCACCUGGGUCUCGGGAAAUAUUCUCAAUGCUGUAGGACCCGUCCAGCACUGGAGUUGGGGUAUUGGAAUGUGGGCUUUUAUCUUUCCGUUGGCUAACAUACCCUUCUUGCUUUGUCUUGGACACAUGUGGUAUAAGGCUAGAAAGUUGCCAGAGUGGAAAGAGUUAAAAGGAACAAGAAGUAGAAUUAUUAGAGAGCAAGGAAUUGGAAGCUUUCUUGUUCAAAUGUUCUGGGAGCUCGAUCUUGUGGGAGCUCUCCUUCUCGCAGUAACUUUGGGUUGCAUUUUAGUACCUUUGACUUUGGCAGGUGGUGUUAAAACUGAAUGGCAGAAGGCUCAUAUAAUUGUUCCUAUCGUUAUUGGUGGUGUUCUUAUUCCAGUAUUUCUUGCGUGGGAAGCGUAUGUUGCCAGAUACCCAUUGGCACCCAUGGUGUUUUUCCUGAGCAGAGGUAUAUGGUGCCCAUUGGCUAUUAGUUUCACUUUCAUGUUUGUUGAUAUGCUCAUAUCCGAGUACUUGUACACCAUCUUGAUUGUUGCAGUGAACGAUACCGUCACUUCGGGCCAAAGAAUCAUUACACUUUCGUCAUUUACCUCUGAAAUCGUUGGUUUCUUCUAUGGUCUCCUCAUCAUUUAUGUCAGAAGACUCAAACCCGGUUUGAUUUUUGGCACAUCUAUGUGGUUGGUUGCGCUUGGAUUAAUGUACCAUUUUAGAGGUGGAACUUCUUCAAAACCGGGUAUUAUCGGUGCCGAAGUAGUUCUAGGCUUUGGAACUGCGUUCUUCUCGUACCCAAUCACCGUGGUUAUGCAAAGCCAUUUGAGCCAUGAUUAUAUGGCGGUGGUGACUGGAAUGGGUUUGACGUUGUACCGUAUUGGAGGUGCAGUUGGGUCUGCCGUGGGUGGUGCUAUUUGGUCCCAGUUACUUUAUAAACGACUUGCGAAGAAGCUUCUGCCCGAAGUUGCUUCGGCGGCAUUCAGUGAUCCAUUUACUUGGAUUCUAACUUAUACCUGGGACACCCCAGAAAGACAAUGGGCAGUUCAAGAGUAUCGGUAUGUCCAAAGAAUAUUGAUCACGGUGGGACUUGUGUUCACGGCGCCUUUGAUCUUGUUUGCAGUAUUCACAAAGGAAAGAAGACUUUCGAAUGAAAUCACCGUCGACCAAGAAUCGAACCCAGACGAGAACGAUAAGGAUUUCGAUGUGAUUGCAUUCUUUAAAAGGAAAACCAAAUAA